AUGUCCUUUCAAGCACGUUUAUGUAAAGAAAUACUAUUGGAAGACUUUGGACCUUUUGUCUCUCAAGUAUCUCGUCAACUACUAUUGAAAGGUCGUUUGGCUUUACCAGAUAUUAUUCGUUUCACAGGACUAUCUACCAAACAAACUAAGGAAUGUCUCAUCGUUCUCAUCCAACACGGCAUUGUCUACUUUUCUGAAGCUCCUGAAGGCAAAAUAGAACCGACCUAUUACACAAUCGACCCAGAAAAGAUCAUGAUGCGUUUACGGAUGGGUCCUAUCCUUCGUGAUGUCAGUGAACGUUAUGGCAAAGAAGCUGAAAUGAUUUGUAAACUCUUGUUUUUGAACGGUAGAAUGACUAUGCGAGGGGUCAUUCAAUGGGUCAAGGACAAUAUGAAGAAAGGACAAAUCGACAAAUACACACAAACAUUCUCGCAACUCGUCAUAGAUCAGUACAUAGCAGGUGUCUUACCAGAACACAGUCGUUCCACCAUGGAUCGUCUGUUGGCAGCCACUGAAAAGGAAUCCGAAAAAUAUACCAUCAUGACUUCAAAAGACAUUGCCAAUGCAAAAGCAUCAGCACAGGCUCAGGUUGAAGCCGCGUAUGGCACAGAUGAAAUCAUUGGUAUGAAGCGUAAAGUAGUCGAUCCAAUGGAUUAUCAAAGAAAGCGUGCUGCCAUCAGUCACUAUGGCGACGGAUUAACUGAAGAAGAUCAACCAGAAAUUGACGAAAAAGUGUUUUUCAGCAUUAAUUAUGAUAGGUUCAAUAUGUUGUUUAGAAAUGAUGCCAUCAUUGACUUUGCUACUGAACGUAUCAAUCGCACUGCAGGUCAGAUUGUGAAAGCAUUCUUUGACUAUGGCAAGGAUAGAAUGAAGUCAUUGAAGGAACAAGAUUCUCCCUCAGCAACACCUGUUCAUAUUGCCAAUAUUUUAACCAAGUCAGAUGUAGUCAGCCGAGGAGAUAUCGUGCUACCCAAGGAUCCAUUAGAACCCAACAAAAAGCCAAGCAUACAGGAGAUCGUCCGUGGAUACAUCACACUGCUCAAAGUGGACACAGCAGGCUUUGUCAAGUCAAAGGAUGAACGCGGCGCAAGCCAGUACGCUAUCAACUUUGAAAGAUUACGCACCACAAUGAGGAAACGUAUCUUGGAAGGCAUUGUUCGUGAACGCUAUGGUGUUGCCACAUGUCGCAUCUUUAGAAUAUUAAUUGAAAAGGGCAAACUAGAAGAAUCACAGGUUCAAAAGUUGGCCAUGCUUCCAGCCACAGAUACAAGAGAAAAACUCAUGCUUCUCAAUACAAAGGGCCUUGUCGAGAUCCAGGAAGUCCCCAGAACUGCAGACCGUGCUCCUAGUCGAUGCUUCCAUCUUUGGUACGUCCCUCUUGACAAAUGCUUCCAAGAGCUUCUUGUUGAUUCUUAUCGCGUCAUCUGCAACAUUCAACAACGCAAGAGACAAGAAUUGAAGCUUCGUCAACGUUUAAUUGAAAAAAUUAACCGAAAGGAUGUGCUUGAAAAUCCAGACUUGUUGGGCGAAGGAGAAAAGAAGGAAAUUGAACAAAUGAACAAGGUUUUAGAAAGAUUAGAAGUAGCCAAGUCAAGAAUGGAUACUGUUGCCAUGAUCCUAAGAGACUUUUAA